GAUUGAACCCCUUGAGAAGCUGACUGGGGCAUUUCUGCCUCUUCUGUUCCUUGUGACAUGCAGAGUUCACCUCCCCAAGGCAGGCACCUUCCUGUGCCCCAUCACCGAACUCAAAUUUGAGGUGAAGGCAGCUGUGACUAUCAAAUAUGCACAUCACUCCUGGGAUCAGCAUCGGAGCAUGGCUGAAAUGCAGACCUGGUUGGUGGCUGGUCCAUUGUUUGACAUCUGGACAGAUGCUGAAGAGAAAGUGGCAGCUGUUCACCUUCCCCAUUUUUUGUGUCUUGGAGGGGAAGAAACAGACAUCUCUCUGAUGAAAAUCGCCCAUUUUGUUGAAGCGAGGUUGACCCUGGAAAAACCAGCACGGGUGACCCGAUUUCAUGCUGUGCUGGAGAAACCCAAAUUCUCUCUGUUGGGUGUGCUAAUUAAACCACUCUAUGACAAGUUCUUCAGUGUGCAUGCCGUGGUGAUACUUUAUCAGAUUUUGAAGAAUAUCACAACACUUAACCUCUACUUGGUUCCCAAUGACUCUUCCCUGAUACAGGCAAUCCAGGAUGCCGAAGAGAAGUUCCACUCAGUGCUGGUGCGAAAGCCCCCUCAAACAAUAAUGCCCUUGCACUACGGUUCUCGCUAUACCGUAUCCAGUUCAGUAGACCUCAAGAUAAUCCCAAAGGAACUGCACUUUACUUACAAGAACCCUCGACACCAGCAAUCCUAUGUGCAAUUCAGUAUCAGAAGCACUGAGAUAGUGGAUAUAAGUCUGAAAAAUAAGGAAGAUCUUUGCUCUGUCUGGGACACUUCACUCGAACCAGGUGCAUCUUGUUGGAUGGUGGAUUUUUAUGGGUAG